CCCUGCAGGCCUCACUCACACACACACACACACACACACACACACACACACACACACACACACACACACACACACACCCUGUCUCUCGGAGGCUCGUCGUACAGAUGGAGGAGGAGGCUGCCCCCCGGCGCUCGGUGUCUGAACUCGCUGGAAGAUUUAAGAACCCGCCGGCUGCUCCUGAUGCGGCCGGGAGAGAGCCGGAGAAGCCGGUCCGACGGAGACCUCCCCGCUCUCUCAAUAUCCCCAAACCCUCCGGGGACCAGGAGGAGCCUCCAGGUGUCACCUCUCCUACCAAAGCCAAGAGGAACUCGGCUCUGAUAGAGAAGCUGCAGAUGAACCUCUCUCUCUCCCCCUCCACCCUCAUUCCCUCCCCAAAGAGCCCCGGCUUCAGGAUGCUGCCUACCUUCUCCCCCCCUCCCUCCCCCAGCCUCGCCCCCUUUGCCACCUUACCCCCCUCCAGCCCCAUCGCCUCUUCCCCAUUGGCUGAGGAGGAAGGCCCCGUCUCCUUUGAAGCCCCUCCCACUGCGGGGGACGGGGCCAUCCUGUCCAACAGCAGCAUCAAGAGCCGAGUGCGUCACUCCAUCCGGCGACGCCCCCCGUCCCGCCGCCACCGGACCUCCAGCACCGGGGAGGAGGGGGGGAUCACCACUGAGGGGGCAGUCACCACUCCCAGCCCCCCUGCUGACCCCAAGGACGAAACAGCGGGAGGGGCGGGAGGGGCAGGAGGGGGAGAAACGGAGGAAGGAGGGGGAGAGGUGUUCAGGAAGGAGGGAGAAACUGACCCUGCAACCUCGCCUGAGAAAACUAACGAAGAAGAGGUCGGUGUAGAGUCCAGAGAAGAAGAGAAGAAGAAGGAGGAGCAAGAGGGGGAGGAGGUGGAGGAUGGGGGAGACUCGUCUUCAUCAGGGAGGACGGAGGAGAAAGACAAACAGGAAGCAGCGACAAACACCGCGAGCAGAGAAGAAGAAGAAGAGGAGACGUCCAGCUUGUCCCGCUGAGGAUCCGGACGCUCUGCCACUGGGGGGCGGGGAGGGAGACCCUGCAGGACACAGCAACUCUGUCGCCGUGCUCCUCUCAUCUCUGAAGACGAGGAACCGCGCUGCAUUCUGGGAGUUAACGGAGGUUCAGAAGCUCCUGAGUGUUUGAUGUGAAUCUGUUUUACUAACACCCCGCUCUGGCCGAUCCAUGUUAUUCCUGUGAUGAUAGCCUCUGAUGUUAGCGUGUCAUGUUAGGCUCUGAUGUUAGCCUCUGACGUUAGCCUCUGACGUUAGCCUCUGACGUUAGCCUCUGACUUUAACCUCUGACGUUAACCUUUGACGUUAACCUUUGACGUUAACCUUUGACGUUAGCCUCUGACGUUAACCUUUGACGUUAACCUUUGACGUUAGCCUCUGACGUUAACCUCUGACAUUAACCUCUGACGUUAGCCUCUGACUUUAGCCUCUGACGUUAACCUCUGACAUUAACCUCUGACGUUAACCUCUGACUUUAACCUCUGAUGUUAGCCUCUGACUUUAACCUCUGAUGUUAACCUCUGACUUUAACCUGUGAGGUUAACCUCUGACGUUAACCUCUGACUUUAACCUCUGAUGUUAGCCUCUGACUUUAACCUCUGACGUUAACCUCUGACUUUAACCUCUGAUGUUAGCCUCUGACUUUAACCUUUGACGUUAACCUCUGACUUUAACCUGUGAGGUUAACCGCUGACUUUAACCUCUGACGUUAGCCUCUGACUUUAGCCUCUGACUUUAGCCUCUGACGUUAACCUUUGACGUUAACCUCUGACGUUAACCUCUGACUUUAACCUUUGACGUUAACCUCUGAGGUUAACCUCUGACUUUAACCUCUGACGUUAGCCUCUGACUUUAGCCUCUGACGUUAACCUUUGACUUUAGCCUCUGACGUUAGCCUCUGAGGUUAACCUCUGACGUUAGUCUCUGAGGUUAACCUCUGACGUUAACCAUCUGACGUUAACAUGUGACGUUAGCCCGUGACGUUAACCCUUGACAUUAGCCCGUGACGGUAACCUCUCAUGUUAGCCUCUGAUGUUAGCCUCUGAUGUUAGCCUCUCAUGUUAGCCUCUCAUGUUAGCCUCUCAUGUUAGCCUCUGAUGUUAGCCUCUCAUGUUAGCCUCUCAUGUUAGCCUCUCAUGUUAGCCUCUGAUGUUAGCCUGUGAGGUUAGCCUCUCAUGUUAGCCUCUGAUGUUAGCCUCUCAUGUUAGCCUCUGAUGUUAGCCUCUGAUGUUAGCCUCUGAUGUUAGCCUCUGAUGUUAGCCUCUGAUGUUAGCCUCUGAUGUUAGCCUCUCAUGUUAGCCUCUCAUGUUAGCCUCUGAUGUUAGCCUCUCAUGUUAGCCUCUGAUGUUAGCCUCUCAUGUUAGCCUCUCAUGUUAGCCUCUCAUGUUAGCCCGUGAGGUUAGCCCGUGAUAGAGCAAACGUUAACGUUUCCUGAUACUGAAAUAAUCCUAACCCUCAUUCCAAACCUUCAUAAAUACUACUUCUUAUAUAUAUAAUGUAACCUUCUUAAUAAUUCAGCAGGAACAGGAACUCUGAAUCUGUAUUUGGAUCGCCACAUUGUGCCUUUGAGUUUAAACUGGAAUUAAACUGCAUAUUUUCUCUAUGUU